UGAAUUCUUCCCCAGUUAAAGGUCACUAACCUGAAACGCUUCUCUCUGAUUUUUUUUCGUUUCUCAAAAGAUGGUGCAAGACUUGCUGAGUAUUUCCUUGUAUUGUUUCAGGUUUUCAAAUUAUUAACAUCUAUGCUGUUGGGGACUGUUCAAUGUUAUAGAUAUUAGAAAAUUUAUGGGCGAGGGAAUUCAGGUUAAAUUUUGAAUGUAAAAUAGUAACCGAGCUGACUGAAAGGAAUUCAGGUUACGAAUCGCAACUCAUUGGCGUUAAGCCGCUCUUGUCUGGGAGGAGCUUUUUUUUGAUACUCGUUGUGUUUGGAGGAGUGAAGGAGUGAAAGAGCUGAACCGUGCGGAUCUGUACCAGGAUCAGACUUGGGUUGAUUUGUUUUGAUUGUAAUCCAUGAUGGGAGAACAGCGACUGCUUCAGGUCCUGGAAGAACACUCAUUUGUAUUCUGUGUGAAGGCUAUAUUGUAUAUUGUGAUGUAUAAAACAGGACAAAAUGUUGUCUAAGCACAAAGAUGUUUUUGUGUACAGUGGCUGAGAAGCACAGAAAUAGUCUGUGAAGAUGCCGGAUAAAGAUAAUUUAUUUAACAGUGGUAAUGACGAGGCUGGCCACAGCUCAGAUGAUAUUUGCCGAGACUUCCUGCGCAAUGUCUGCAAACGUGGUAAGCGCUGCAAGUUCUAUCACCCUGAUAUUAAUGAAGUGUCUGACUUGGGCGUAAAGAAAAAUGAAUUUGUCUUUUGUCAUGACUAUCAGAACAAGGAGUGCACUCGCAUCAACUGCAAGUUUAUUCAUGGGACAAAGGAGGAUGAGGAACAUUAUAAAAAGUCAGGAGAGCUUCCCCCACGCCUGCGCCUGACAGUGGCCAUGGGUCUUGGCCUUUCGCCAUCUGACCUCUCUUUUAAAAAAGGUGAGGUCCCAAUUUGUCGUGACUACUUGAAAGGUGACUGUCAACGAGGAUCUAAGUGUAAAUUCCGGCACUUAAAACGUGAUGAAUAUGAAUAUGAAAACAGAACUUUGGAGAGAUUGUCACGAGACCAAGUGAUUUCUCCUGUAGUGCGUCGAUAUGACCCAUUUGAUGACCUCUAUGACACUGAUCGCUAUGUAGAUUAUGACCAUGUUCUCAAGAGACGAAGAGUUGAUGGCUUGCGAUUUGAGAGUUAUGAUUUUAAUAUCCCAAAUUCGCGUCCAGUUGACUAUCGGUUUCUGGAGGAGGAGAAUCUGAUGCUUCGAAAGCGUAUUGAGGAACUCAAAAAACAGAUCUCAAAUUUAAUGGCAACUAAUGAGGUACUUUUGGAGCAAAAUGCACAUUUCCGCAACCAAACCAAGGUGGUCACGCUGACCUCCACUCCCACAGCAACAGAGCAAACACUGGCAGCACCAACUGUGGGUGCAAUCACCAAUUACAACCAUGGAAUAGCACAGACUCACACCACUUUGAGCAGCCAAGCGCUUCAACCGCGACCUGUCACCCAGCAAGACCUGGUGGCAACUGCUGGAGCUACUGCUGCACCACCUGCUAACGCUGCACCAACAGCACAGCAUCUUAAUCCUGAGAUUGCUUCACUUCCUGCAGCGCUUGCCCAGACCAUUGCCCAGGGGAUGGCGCCUCCAGUCUCUAUGGCCCCAGUGGCUGUUUCUGUUGCACCAGUGGCAGUGUCAAUUGCACAAGCAAUGCCAGGAAUCACUAUUAGCCAUGCCACCACUCCAAUGGUUACUUAUCCAAUUGCAUCACAGAGUAUGAGGAUAACAGCAAUUCCUCACUGAGCGGUUAUGUGCAGGCUUUAGAAAAUGUUCUGUAUUUCUUUGUUGCUUCCCAUGAUGUGCAUUACAUAAAAAUGCACUCCAGAGUCAAAUAUAAUUCUGACCCAGCAUUUAGUUCUCUUUGUGAGUAAAUUCUUCCUCUUCAGUCUAUUGUUAUUUUUGGAUACUCGUUUAACCCCCCCCCCCCAAACUCCUGUUUUAGUGCACAGCUUGCCAAUCUUUGUAAAUCCAUCAUUUAAUAUAACUUUAAAACAGUUGCACAAGCUCUCUGGGACGUUUCCUUCUAAAAGGUUUUGGGAUAAACAAGUCUCUGGGCUGUGGUGCUGCGCAAAAUAUUCAAACUGAUUCUGUAUCCCAAGCUUGGCUAUUUGCAUUCUUGACGCAAAAUAAAAUUUCAUAGCAUAUGAAAUUGUAAAUUAACAAAGCAAAAUAAAAAUAUUUUGAAGCUUUUGAUUGUGGAUAUUGCUGGCGCUGAAUGAUUGCUGCAUUUUCCCAGAUAGUGAUCACUGCACUCCAAAAACUAAUUCUCUGAAUUUUUUUGGAAUGUUUUGAUAUGACUGGGAUGUAAAUAGUUAUAAACCAUCCAGAAAGUACAAUUUAACCCUCACAAUUUUGGAAAUACUCAUUACAUUGCUCUGUACCAAAGUGUUUAAUUAACUUGGAAGCCAUUGCGAUGAUUCUGUUUCUUAAUGACCCGAAAGUGUACUUUCAACUUUGUCAAUCUUUGCACAUUAGACCGUCCAGUAUGUAACAUAGGCUAUUCAAAUCCUGCCACACUGAUGGGAUUCAAAAUUUUUUUCUUUGCCAUCUGCAAGGAUGAUGCAUGAUCGGAGGUUAAAAGAAUCUGAAUUCUGUUUCUGCUGGAAGCCAGUCUAUAACAGCAUAAAACUGUUCACACAUUGGCAGUCUUACACUGGCCAGUUGACUGGAAGAAAUGGGAUGGGGAUUACACAGACUCUGUAGUUGUGCUCUUUUGAGCGUUAAAUAGUGUCACAAUAGAGUGAGUAUUCCUCCGUAUUUAAACUAUCCUUGCUUAACUCCCUAAUGCCAUUUACCCUCGCGUUGUGUGAAUUCACAAAUAUAAAAGAAAGGAAACUUCUGUUCACUUGACUCUUAAAGGCAAUAAAGCAAAUGUGGAGUGAAAUUGGAUAAAAAUAGUUAAAAGAGCAAAUGCCAGUGAUGAUUGCUCUGCACCUAAUUUGGGUCAGCGAUGCAGGAACUGCAAAACCUUUUGCAAAUUCUUGUUAAAAUAUAGAUAUAUUUUCGCACCAAAUAUUGUAAUUUGUAUACAAAUUCAAGAAAUGUAUAACUUGUUCAGUUAAAAUAUACGGAAUAUUAAAAAAUACUUUACACCUAAGGCAGCUUAACUGCUGACUUAUUUGGGGCCAGAAUGGAAGUGUUUGCACACAGUCUUUGAAGUAUGCCGAGUCAAGCUAUAAUGGAUUUGAGUGUGUGAACAUGAAUGUUCACUAUUUUUUCCCUUUUUCAAAAAAGCAACCUGUAGUGAACUCCAUUAGAAAUAGAGCUUGCCUUUUGCUGGCUAAUGUCUUCAAAUCCGAAAAAUCCUUAAAGGUAUUCUGAACACCAUGCUUUUUUUUUAAUAUAUUAAUUUAACUUCUGGAAGUCCAUAACCAGGAUCAGUGGAAAACUACAGAAAACUGAAGUAUAAUGUAUCGGGCACAAAAAAUCCCAAAGUUCUGAUUCAUUUAUAAAAACUUGGUGCAAAUCUUUCCGAAAGCUGAUUGAUUUGUUUGCAUUUUCUUCAAGCUUGCCAAAAUGAUCUUGCAACACAACUAACAAUGUUAAUGGUGAAAUUGGCUUUUGAUAGUCUGUUAAAGCUGCCUGAUGUAACUGUGGCUGUUUUGUUUAAUUGAUUCAGGUGCUUAUUUUGUUGAAAGGGGUGGUGGCUGUGAUAUGAAACUUUAAGGGUGGUCAUACUUAUGCUAUUUAAUCAACUGUUACUGAGGACAUUUGGCCUUAAUUGUUGUUUUUCUGUUAACCUUGUCUAUAAAUUGUAUAUAGUAGUUGUUUGAAACCUGCUUUAAUGUUUGUCAGGUUCUUGUCGAAUCUGGAAUUCAGAACCGAUGAUCUAAGCUUGUACAAUUGAAACAAGUUUAAUUGAGCAGAUGUGCUUUCAUUUGUCGUGCUUUCAGUGGAUUCCACAGAACUGAAAAUUCUACUCUGUACUUAAUGUAGCUCUUUAGCUGUGCUGCAAUUUUAUAUUUUGCAGGUGGGAAAGAGAAUUUUCAGAUUAUUGGAUAGCCUAUACCCUGUAUUUCCACUGUCUUCAUGCUAUAGUUGUGUACUCCCAGGAAUCCCUGUGACUGAAAUUUACCCUAUUAUAAUGUGUAUAUAAUUUAUACUUGCUAAACCAUGAAUAUUUGGGAGCCCUUCCUAACCAAAGGGAGUCGCAGUUUUAUUAGAUUAAAAUCAAAAUUAUGCAAACUCUCUCUUCACAAAGAGCUCUGGGAACAUUACUGUCACGUAUCACAGACUAAUAUCACUGUCUCAUGGUCAGCAGUUAAAAUAAUGCAAAUACUAGACAGUGCACAGUCUUAAGGAAUGUUCAAACUAGUCUGUGCUUUUUAGUUAUAGGUCUGACAUAAAUGAGUAAAAAUAAGCACUAUUCAAUCUUAAAAGAAGGAUGAAGAGUCACCUAAUAGAGGUCUUUUAAAAUUUUGAAAAGCUGUUAAAGUGACCACAACAGUAUGUUUACUUUUAUUUGGAAAAAACAUACACAUUCAAUGUAUUCCUAUUGUAUGUAAUGAGUCUGAAUGUAACAAACUUGCAUAAAACUAGAAACUGUAGUGGCUGAUUCGGGGUCAAAUUGAAGUUUAUAGUAGUUUGUUUAUAUUGCAUCGUAUUUUCAGAUUUGACUUGUUGAUUCAAAGAGUAUCUCCGCUUUGAAUGUAAUUUUGAUGUCGUUAAAGAAAGUUUUACAAUAUUCUAUUUAUAAAUGACUUUCUGUAAAGUAUAUGUUCCUGUAACAACAAUUUGGAUAAGAAUAGAAGAAUUAGAAAUAGGAGGAGGAGUAGACUGUUUGACCCCUUGAACCUUCUGUGUAAUUCUCUAAAAUAUUGACUGAUCUAAUUCCUCCACUUACAAACCUUGACUUCCUCUGAUAAUCAAAUAUGUUUAACUCUGCCUUGAAUAAAUUCAAUGACCAAUCUCCACUAUUCGCUCUGAGAAAACAAAUUCUUUCUCGUCUCCAUGUUGAAUGGGAGUUCCUUAUUUUUGAGCGGUGUCCCCUUGUUUUUGAUUUCUGCUAAUAACCAGAAACAUCCUUUUCAGCAUCAAUUUAUUGGUAUUCUUGGGAACCACCUUGUAUUGAUGGAUUCUAGUUAUGCUUUUCCUAAUAAAAGAAAAUAUUGUGUUGUGUUCAGUCUAUGUCAGAGUCUUUUCAAAAUUUUAAAAUACCUCUAUUAGGUGAUUCUUCAUCCUUUGUUUAAGAUGAGGAAAAACACAAAAGACCCAUGCUUACCCAUGCAGUUCUGGUAGCAUCUUUUUAAAUCCUCUUUGAACAUUUAUUCUUUCCAUUAAAAAGGUGAGAAUAUUGAACACCCUAGAGAAUAGUUGAAGAGAAUUGUACAGAAUCAUUUGAAGGUGAAGGAAAUAGAGGGUUACGAUACAUUUAAAUGGGCAGAGAUUUGGACAGAUCAUAAACACUAGCAUGGCCUCGUUGGGUUGAAUGACUCAUUUCUACACACACACACACACACACACACACACACACAAAAUGCGAUCACUUCUCGUUCUUAAACAUACAAUAAAUAUAGGCCCAGCCUCCUCAACAUUUCCUCAUAAGAUAAAGCCCUCAUUACAGGAAUCAAUGGGCUUCAUCGGCUAGAUAAGCAUUUAUUGUCCAACACAAGUGGUAUUGAGCUUCCUUCUUAAAGCGCUGCAGUCUUUGGAGUGUAAGGGCACCUGUCGUGCUGUUUGAAAAGAGUUCUUGGAUUUCAACUCAGUGUAGGAACAGAGAGAUACUUCCAAGUCAAGAUGGUGUGUGGCUUGAAGGCAGUCUUGCGGCUAGUGUUGUUCCUAUACCUCUGCUGUCCUUGUCCUUCUAAAAUAUAGGUUGUUUAGAAGGUGCUAUUAGAGGAGCCUUGGUGAGUUACUGCUAUGCAUUUGUAGGUGGUACACGCAGUUGCCACUGUCGAUAGUGGCGGGAGUGAAUGUUGAAGGUGGCAGAUGAGGUGCCACUUGGUCCAUUUUAGUUUCAGCAAAGUGAGUAAAGUUGCACAUGAUCCUCUAAGUCUGGUCUCACCUUCUACAGUGUAGCAAAGCUUCCCUAGUUUCAAGCUGCAUCUCCCGUACAAUAAAGGCCAUUGUUCUAAUUUCCUUCCUAAUUAGUUGCUGUACCUGCAUUUUAACUUUUUUUUUGUGAUUCAUGUACAAGGAUACCAGAUCCCUCUAUCACAGCAUUCUGCAGUCUACCUCCAUUUAAACAGUAUACUUCCUGCCAAAGUGGGCAACCUCACUUUUUCCCCCCAUUAUACUUCAUUUGCCAAAUUUGUGCCCACUCAAUUAGCCUCUCUAUAUCCUUUCACCGAUUAUCCUCCUCACAAAUGGCUUUCCUACCUAUUUUCAUAUCACCAAAUUUGGCCACAAUACAGUCUGUCUCUUCAUCCAAGUCAUUGCUACGGGUUAUAAAUAGUUGAAGCCCCAGGCCUGAUUUCUGUGGCAUUCUGCUAGUUACAGUUUGCCACCUUGAAGACAACUUGUGUAUCUAGAUUCUCUCUUUGCUGUUAACUAAUUAAUCCCUAUCCAUGUUAAUAUAUUGCUCCCUAUACUGAAAGCUUUUAUCUUAUCACAUAAAAAGGUUGUGAUAAAUGCCUUUUGUAAAUUCAUAUGUUUUGCCUUCUGUGCAAAGUGAGAAAAUAAUGUCAUGAUGACCAAUUACGUUUUUACCUGUGCUUAGAUAUUCAUGAACCAGUUAGGAUGGUUUACACUCCUGGGAUCUAUCUGUCCUUUGCACCACAUGCUUGAACCACAGCAAGCUUUUCCACCUUUCCAAAUUUUCCAUGUUUCCCAUGCCCUCUGCUAUUCUGCUGUAUCCUAGUAUUCGAGCAUUCUGAAUCUCCGACAUCUUUUGUAUCUCUAACUUUUCUCAUCAUUGUCCCCUUUGUAUACUAUUAUUAUUUCUGUCUGUCAAUCAAUUCCUGGCCUCCAUGUAAUCAGUUUACAGAUAAUUGUUUUUCCUGUGUGUGUUUUUUAACCGCCUUGCCCCUUUCCCGGCUCUGUUCUUGCUCGUAGGCUGUUCGUAAAAUCCCUACAGUGCGGAAAGAGGCCAUUUGAAUCUGCACCCACCUUUCGAAAUGCAUCCCACCCAGACCCCCAGUCUAUCCCUGUAACCCUACUCUUUUUUUAAAUCAAGCUACUCCACUUAACCU